GCACGACCCAGACCAUCUUUGUACCUCAUGGUCAUCGUAUCAAAUAUGCAGCCUCUCUAUUGGUUUACCUAUGGACAACCAUGAUAGUCCGGAUCGGGAGCCUGCAGGCGUCUAUUCAAGUUUGGAAUUACUCCAAUCCGUAUCCCAACCCGCAACGUGCAUGACCUCGAAGUCAAGUUACUCAACAGCAAAGCGGGGAAUGUUGCCUUGGGGUAAUCUGACAUCCCAUAGCUGGAGUAUUAUAAAUCGGAUAUCCCCAAAAUGAGACCUCAUAUUGUUCUAUCAUAUUUCUGUUAUGAACGAUAUAUAAUAUAUUAAGCUGUACUACCUCACAAAAUCAAUAUGGGUUUAUACCAGAAGCUACCAGCGGAGAUUAAGGAGGUGGAUAUAAUCAUUGCUGGAGGUGGGACAGCUGGGUGUAUCGUAGCCGGCCGGUUGACCGAAGCUGAUCCAGGGCUCUCGAUUCUAGUCAUUGAGGGUGGCCAGGAAAACUAUGAUAACCCUGAGAUAGUAACACCGGCACUUUAUCCCUUGAAUUCCCAACCAGAUUCCGAAACGGCAAUUUUCUACAAGUCUGCUAAGUCAAAACACAUUGCCAAUCGGGAAUAUAUCGUCCCCUCAGGGGGUACUCUGGGCGGAGGUUCCUCCAUGAAUUUCUUGAUGUACACGCGAGCUCAACGCGACGACUACGAUUCGUGGAAUACCCCCGGUUGGACAACUAACGAACUGUGGCCAUACCUAAAGAAGAUAGAGACUUACCACGGGCCGGGAAACCCAGAACACCAUGGCUUUAGUGGUCCAAUCCAAAUAUCCGAUGGGCCUUUCCGUGGUAAGUCAAUAGAGGAUGACUGGCUGCGCGCCGCAGAACAGGUUGGGUAUCCGGAGAUAAAAGAUCUCCAAUCACUAGAUACCAACAACGGCUUUCAACGCUGGCUCAAAUACGCCACUCCCGAAGGAAAGCGUUCGGAUGUCGCUCGCGGGUAUAUACAUCCUCGGCUACGCGAUGGUAAACAUCCUAACCUGCACGUUCUGGUAGAGAACAGAGUAGUGCGUGUUCUGUUUGAUGAGAAUAAACGAGCCUGUGGAGUGGAGUUUACACCCAACACACGAUUCCAAGCCCAGGUAAACGGCUCGGCAUCACAUCCCAAACAGACAAUCAGAGCCCGAAAGCUCGUUAUCGUGUCAUGUGGCGCCUGCGGUACGCCUCCCGUACUGGAACGUUCCGGGAUCGGCUCCAGGGAUAUACUGGACCGAGCCGGUGUUCCCGUCGUCCAAGAGCUUCCCGGGGUCGGGUCUGGUUACCAGGAUCAUCUAAAAGUGCCUUCGGUAUUUAAGACAUCUCUAUCCCAGGACGAAACAGCUGACGCUCUGCUGAGUGGACGGCUGUCUUUCAAAGACGCAAUCGCCCAGGAGCACCCGCAUCUCGGGUGGAAUUACGUAGAUCUUGCCUCCAAGAUUAGGCCGACAGAUGCUGAAGCCGUAGCUUUAGGACCCGAGUUCCAGGCAUCGUGGGAAAGAGACUUCAAAAACCGCCCUAACAGACCACUCAUAGUGAUGAUUGUUGUUAGCGGAUUAUACGGGGACAACUCUUCAGUAUUGCCCACUGGUCAAUACGUGACCGUCUUGCCCUUCACAGCCUACUCCUAUUCGCGGGGUCAUAUGCACAUCACAGGCCCCGAAGUUAGCGAUGCGCUCGAUUUCAGCACAGGUUUCUUCAACGACGAAAACGACAUAGACCUCAAGAAGUUAAUUUGGUCGUACAAGAAGGGUCGCGAAAUCAUGCGGCGGACUUCUAUGUAUCGUGGUGAAUAUCAGCCCUGCCAUCCCCGGUUCCCCGAGGGCUCUAAGGCAGCCCUCAUCGAGGAGUGGAAUCAACCUGUCGAGGGAGCCCCGGUUGUCGACCUGGAGUACUCAGCAGAGGAUGAUGCGGCGAUCGAGCAGUACAUCCGGGAGCGUGUUGAAACUUCCUGGCACUCGCUGGGCACGGCCAAGAUGGCGCCGCAGGAUAAGAUGGGCGUCGUGGAUAAGAACCUAAACGUGUACGGUGUAAAAGGCCUUAAAGUGGUAGAUAUGAGUAUCGCACCAGAGAAUGUCGGCGCAAAUACCGCUAAUACUGCAAUGGUGAUCGGGGAGAGAGCAGCUGAUAUCAUUGCUAAGGAACUCGGAUUAGUUCUUAACUAAUGUAAGUGUAUGCUGAUGCUGUUGCCGACAUCUUAGAGGGACCCGGUAGGGCAAUGAAUAGGAUCUUGAAAUUGACAAAUUUGUAAAUUGGUUGUUGGCAUAUCGGCACAAGAAGGGCAAAUAGAAAGGAUACGCCGUUGCGAUUUCAGCUCGGCUCUCUACUCGGGAUUGGGCAUCUUUCUGCUUGAUAGCGGAGAUAUCUUGUACAGUACAAUAAGCUAACGAUUACCCUCACUUGAAUUCGGGUUCCUUUCGUUUAGUAUUGUGUUAGAAAGGAUAGCUGAAUAUUUUCUUACAUUUGUGCUACGUGAU